AUGGAUGCAGUGAGUUAUGAUGAUGUGCAUGUGAACUUCACUGCGAAAGAAUGGAAUUUGCUGGAUCAUUCCCAAAAGAGUCUUUACAAAAAUGUGAUGCUGGAGACCUACUGGAACCUCACUGUUAUAGGCUACAGUUGGGAAGACCAUCAUAUUGAAGAACAUUGUCAAAGUUCCAGAAAACAUGAAAGGCAUGUAAGAAGUCAUAGUGGAGAGAAACCAUAUGAAUGUAGUUAAUAUGGUAAAGCCUUUUCAUUUCCCAGUCAUGUCCAAUAUCAUAAAAGAAGAUAUACUGGAGAGAAACUUCAAGAAUGCCAUCAAUGUGGUAAAGCCUUUUCAGUUCCUAGUCACCUCCAAGAUCAUAAAAGAAGACAUACUGG